AUGUCGCGUUCACAGCAGCCAGACCGUCCUAGUCAGAACGGCCCGAGCCGAAAUAGCCAUGGUCGAGACCGUUUCGGCUCUCGCACUUCUGCACAAAAUGUGAACGAUACACCUGGAAACCAAGGCACCUCGUCACAAUCCGAGCAAGUCUCUCGCCAGCGCACUUCUGAGGUUCAUGACUACGGAGCCCGAGACGACUCAGACCCAUACCAUCAUUCACCUUAUGACAACCAGCAAGACUACGCACAUCGACAAUACCGGCAAUACACCCAAGUGACUCGCCCAUGGGAAACUCCUGACGAAACUCCUAACCCAGAUCUGCAUCAAACUGUUGACUCCCCUGCACUGAAUAUCCUCCCCCGGCCAUAUCAGCCUUUGCCGCCAACUCCAGCUCCAAGUUAUCAAACUCGUGGCGCUGGUCAAGAUAACAAUGAGCGUCUGACGUUCUCCAAUCUUGAAGACCACGAUCAACGCAGGACAUCGACGAGUACCAUGAGGACCAUGAUGCGAGAAAGCCAGCGUGCUGGACCUUAUGAUGCUGUCGGGUACAUCAGGCAAGACGAAAGAUUGUAUGAGUAUGGCGCAUAUGAAGAGCAGGAUGUAAGAAGCCACACUUCAUACUCAUACUAA